AUGGUUCCGCUGCUCAUUUGCCUGGUGUGCCUCAUGGGCGGGUGCGUGUGGUGGCUCUUCCGCCGCUGCCUGCACUCCGGCUCCACCGCUAGCAAGGACUGGCCGCCCGCCACGUACGACGAGUUUAAAGACGUCCCUAGAAUCUGCCGCAUCCUGCUGUCCGUCUACGAGGAGGAUAUCAACAACCCGGUCUACAACGACCGGCUGGAGAUUCAAGACGUCGUGCGGCUCGCGGGGUACAAGGACACGCAGGGCCGGUGCCCGCCGUACGUGAUCUACGUGGACCACGCGGCGCGCGACAUCUGUCUCGCGGUGCGCGGGCUGAACAUGGCGAACUUCGCCGACUACCGCGUGCUGAUGGACAACCGCAUCGGCAAGCAGCGCUUCGACGGCGGCUACGUGCACCACGGGCUGCUCAAGUCCGCCGCGUGGCUGCUCGACCAGGAGAUGGAGACGCUCAACGCGCUCGCCGCGGAAAACCCGGAGUAUACGGUGACGCUCGCGGGGCAUUCGCUGGGGAGCGGGAUUGUGGCGAUGAUGACGGUGAUUCUGCAUAAGAACCCCGAUGAGGUGGGGUUUGAUAACGCGCGCCUGCGGUGCUUCUGCAUCGCGCCCGCGCGGUCCACGUCGCUCAACCUCGCGAUUAAGUACGCUGACAUCAUCAACUCCGUCGUCUUGCAGGACGAUUUCCUUCCGCGCACGUCAGCGCCCAUCGAUAACAUCCUCGCGCUCUCCUUCUGUCUGCCCUGCAUGCUGUGCGUCAAGUGCUGCUGGGACACAUGCGGCUGCUACAAGCGCCGUGUGAAGGACCCCCGCCGCCUCUAUGCGCCUGGCCGCCUCUUCCACAUCCUUUACACCUCCGACUUCAGCUGCAAGGAGGGGAAGCCGCAGCUGCAAAGGGGAGGAGCCGCAGGUGAAGACGGCCGUGCCAGUAGAGGGCCUUGCCAGGAGGAGGAGCCGCAGGUGGAGACCGCCGUACCAAUAGAGGACCAUUUUAUCAAAUACCCUCUCCCCCCUCCUUCCGCGUCCCCCUCUCCUCGUUUGAAUCCCGUACGCCAUGCCCUUCCCAGCUGCCAGGAGGAGGAGCCGCAGGUGAAGACCGCCGUGCCGGUCGAAGAUCGCUUCGAGAAGGUGGUGCUGUCGCGCACGGCCAUCGACGACCAUUCGAUCGUCAUCAUCGAGCGCCGAUCAACGGUCGCCGUGGAAUCUCUAGAGCUGCGGGAGCAGGCGGAGGAGGAGGAGGAGGAGACAGCACCUCCCUCACAGCAGCGCAUGCAUCGGUCCAUGCAGCGAUCAAUGACUUCGAAGGAGCGCCAGCAGCAGUACGCGCAGGCUCUUGAACGCGCCCUCACGCUGCACGUGCCCGAUGCCGCCUCGGCUGAGGAGAUUCGGCAGCUGGUGGCCGCUGCUGAGGCGCGGGAGGAGGAGGUGAGUGAGAGGGCGGUGCAUGCGCGGAGGAAGGAUGGAAUGGUCGAGAAGGGAAAGGAGGACGAGAAGGAGGAGAAGAGAGGACAGGGCGAGAAGGGAGAGGGGAAGGAGGAAUCCAAAACGGUGGCACCUUCGGCAGCGGCAGGGGCAGUGGCAGCUGUUGCUGUUGUUGGAAUGCAAGGCGGCAAGGAGGCAGUGGGAGGUGAGAAAGAGGCAGAGCGGAAGAAAGAAGAGGACGAGACGAGUGAGAGGAGCGCCAAGAGCGAGACACUGUCUGAGUUCUGGCAGAAGGAACUGGAGGAGUUUCGAGAGAAGGAGAGGCAGGCCCUGCUGGAGGAGGAGAGGAAAGCAGAGGAGCGCGUGAGGCAGUUUGAAGAGCAGAGCCAGGCAGAGAAGAAUAAGAGUCGAGCGGAGCAGGCGGGGCGGGAGGGGGAUGAGGAACCGGGCGAGGAGGCGGAGAGUCUGUCGGACUACUGGAGCAAGGAGCUGGCGGCGCUGCGGCGGCGGGAGGAGGUGGCGAUGGUGGAGAGGGAGGCGCAGGCGGCUGAACGCAUCCGGGCUUUUGAGGAGAGGCAGAGGGUGGAGCGGGCGAGACGCGCCGAGGAGGGGGAGGCGUCCGAGCGGCUGUCUGAGUUCUGGGGGCGGGAGAUGGACGGGGAGAAGGGGGAGGGGGAGUGGGGGGAGAGGGAGGUGGAGGGGGAGGGGGAUGAGGAGGGAGCCCCGGCAGACGUGGCUAUCCGCGUGGAUGAAGGAACGGCGAUGCUACCCCAGGCACCACCACCUGCCUUUGCCCCUCCCCUUGCCGCUGCCGCUGCUGCCGCUGCCACUGCUACACCUGUGGCUGGGGCCAAGGGCGAGAAGAGCAAAGAAGAGUCCCAGGGGCAGCAGCAGAGGCAGGCACAGCUGGGGCGGGCCUUAACCACUGCACCACAGCAGCAGCAGCAGCAGCAGCAGCAGCAGCGGGUGGAGCCUGGAGCAGCGCGGCAGCAGAUGGGGCGAGCGAUCACAGUGGGGUCAGGGCGAGAGGAGGAGGCAGCAGCAGCGAGGCUGUCUGCACGGGGAGUGGGGGCGGGUACGGCAGGGGGAGUGGGGGCGGGAGGGGCAGGGGCAGGGAAGCUGUCAGUGAGGCAGAAGUGGGCUCGCAUAGUGGAUGAGUUGAUAGAUGAGGGGGAGGGCGGGGUGCAGGGGGGCACACGAGACGCCGCCGAGGCUCAGCUUCGGGAGGCGCAGAGGAUCGGCAAGGAGCAGUGGCACAAGGCUCGGGCGGCGUUCCUGUCAGGUGUGGGUGGCCUGUCAAAGAAGGCUGGGAUGAACAUUGAGAUCUGA